UGAAUAGAGAAAGGAAAAGUAUCCAUUUCCAUUGGUGUACUUGCAUUGCAAUUCCUUCUCUGUCUUUCGAGCUUUCUUCAAAGCCAAUGGCAGAAGCUGUGCUCUUUGGUAUUGCUGAAAGGAUCAUUGGUAGACUGGGUUCUGCAGCUGUACAAGAGAUUGGCUCUCUCUGGGGUGUAGAAGAAGAGCUUCAAGAACUCGAAAACACCAUUUCAACAAUCAAGGAUGUGCUUCUUGAUGCAGAGGAGCAGCAGGCCCAUAACCGUCAAGUUAGGAACUGGCUUAAAAGGCUUGAAGGUGUAGUUAAUGAUGCUGAUGACUUGUUGGAUGUGUUUUCAACUGAAGCUUUGCGAAGAAGUCUGUUGCCCGGAAACAAUUUGGGCAAGCAGGUGCGUACUUUCUUUUCAUCCUCCAACCAAAUUGCUUUUCGGUUGAAGAUGGCUUCCAAAUUAAAAGAUCUGAAGAAGAAAAUUGAUGUCAUUGCAGCGGAUAGAAUCCGCUUCAAUUUGAUGGAAAGUCGUGAACAAACAGUUAGUGUUGUUAGUAGAGUGAGAGAUCAGACUCACUCAUUUGUACCUCGUGACGAGGUUAUUGGGAGGGAAGAUGAUAAAACGGCAAUCAUUGAACUUUUGUUGGACUCCGAAGUCAAAGGAAAUGUGCCAGUCAUUCCUAUAGUUGGUAUUGGAGGACUGGGAAAAACUACACUUGCUCAACUAGUUUUCAAUGACCAAAGAGUCCAACAACAUUUUGAGUUGAGGAUGUGGGUGUGUGUCUCUGAUGUUUUUGAUGUGAAACUGUUGGUUAGGAAAAUCGUUGAAUCUGCAUGUAAUAAGAGUCUAGCAAACAUUGAGAUGGAAAGGUUGCAAAAAGAGGUUCGAGAACAAAUAAAUGGAAAGUGUUACCUCCUUGUUCUUGAUGACAUAUGGAAUGAGAAUCGUCAAAAAUGGCUUGACCUAAAAAAAUUAUUGACAAAUGGUGCAGAGGGGAGUAGAAUAGUAGUUACAACUCGAAGUAAGAAAGUUGCGAAGAUUACAGGAGGCACUAUGCAUCCAUAUGAACUAGGAGUUUUGGACGAAAACCAGUCUUGGUCUUUGUUUAAAAAAAUGGCUUUUGAGGAAGGAAAAGAGCCAACUAACAAUGAUGUGAUGGAAAUUGGGAUGAAGAUUGUAAAGAAGUGUGGAGGAAUUCCUCUUGCAUUAAAGACAAUUGGAAGCAUGUUGUACUUCAAAAAUCCAGAGACGGAGUGGUGGUCCUUUGAUGAAAAUGAACUGCCAAACAUAUCUCAAGAAGCAGAAGAUAUUAUCCCAACAUUUAAAUUGAGUUAUGAUCAUCUCCCAUCACAUUUGAAGCAUUGUUUUGCUUAUUGCAGCUUAUUCCCUAAAGACCAUGAGUUUUAUGUACAAAAUCUAAUAAAACUGUGGACAGCACAAGGGUUUGUUUUUAAGACAUCAAAUUCAAACCUAUGUUUGGAGGAUGUAGGUCUCGAGUAUUUUACGGAUUUACUUUGGCGGUCUUUCUUCCAAGAGGCUGAAUUAGAUGAGUUGGGAAGCAUAACAAAGUGCAAAAUGCAUGAUCUCAUGCAUGAUCUUGCAAAGUUAGUCACAGGGACGGAGUGCACUAUGCUUGGUUCAGAUGGAGAUGAUAUUAUCAAAGAAACACAUCAUGUUUCAUUUGACAUUCAAUUGAAUUCAACCAAGGAUUUCCAAACUUCAUUGGCUCAUCCAAGCAAGAUUCGUACAAUUCUUCUGUUCAAGGCAUAUUAUGACUCAGGUCCUCUCCUGUUUUCUCCUGUGAAUGUGAAAAUCCAUGAUUCUUUUAUUUCCAAUGUUAAGUUCCUACGCACAUUGGAUUUGCAUGAUUUAGGGAUUGAGAAAUUGACAAAUGCUAUUGGCAACUUAAAGCAUUUGAGAUAUCUUGAUCUUUCUAAGAAUAGACACAUGAAGAAACUGCCAGAUUCUAUUACCAAGCUGCACAAUUUGCAUACACUAAAACUCUCCGUUUGUAUCAGACUCCAAGGUCUGCCAAGUGACCUUGGGAAACUAGUCAAUCUCAGACAUCUUGAGAUUGAUGGGUGUGAAGGUUUGGCUUAUCUGCCACGUGGGCUGAGUCAGCUGACCAAUCUUCAGACAUUAACAGAUUUUCCAUUAACCAGAGGAAAAGGUGCUGAGCCAAACGAACUAGCAAGACUAAACAACUUGAGAGGAAGGCCUCUUAUCAACCAUUUGAGAUAUGGACAAGAUUUUAGUGUGGACUACAAUGCUGCCAAUUUGAAGGAAAAACAGUACGUGCAGGCCUUAUCUUUAAGUUGGUGUUCAGAUGUAGAAGCUGGGAGCACAGAGCCUGCUGGUUUUGAAGAAUCAUUGGAAGGCCUCCAGCCACAUCCAAAUCUCAAGGAAUUGAACUUAUGUUAUUAUAGGGGAAUCGGAUUUGGUAGUUGGCUUCCUUCACUCACCAAAUUGAUCUCAUUUAGAUUGUGGAGAUGCAGUGAAUGCCAAAAUCUGCCACCAUUGAAUCAGUUUCCAUCACUGAAGGUAUUGUCUGUGGAGGAGUUGCCUGCUUUGGAGUAUAUUUCAAACGAGGAUGAUGCUUUCAGAUGCUCAUCAUCAAAUACAUUUUUACAAUCCCUCCAAAAACUCCACCUUAUCAAAUUACCUAAUUUAAAGGGAUGGUGGAGGGAUGUAGUCAAUAUUCAACAAAAUAACAUGUUGCCUUCAUUUCCUUCUCUUUCUACAUUGAUUAUUGAAGAAUGUCCUGAGCUCACAUGCAUGCCACUUUACCCAAAUUUGGAAGAACAGUUGGUUCUCAGAAAUACUAGAUGGAUGCCAUUUGAACAAACGAUGAAGAUCGUUGCAAGACCAUGUGUAUCAAUAACAUCAGCAACAGGGGGAACAACAUCACCAUCAUCGUCGUUAUCAUCAACUUCCAGCUCCUCUCCUCUGGCCAAGUUGAAGGCUCUGCAUAUUGCUUGCAUCGAGGAAUUAGAAUCUCUCUCAAAUUUGAGUAGCUUCAUUUCUCUCAAGUACCUGAAGGUUGAGAACUGUUCUAAUUUGAAGCAAUUGUCUCCUGGUAUUCAACAUCUUGCCUCGCUUCAAGAGCUGUUGAUUUCCAACUGUCCUAAAGUAGAGUAUCUGUGCAAUGAAGAUGCUGCUAUCUGUACCACCCUGCAAAAACUCCAAAUUCUUCGGUGUGAUAGUUUGAUUGCUAUUCCAGAGUGCAUUUGCAAUCUCAGAUAUCUUAAAGAAUUGGAGAUUCGGGAAUGCCCCAAUUUGACAUCGGUGCCCCAAGGGAUACGCAACCUGUCCUCUGUCCAAAAACUGAAGAUUGACUUUUGA